AUGCCGCCCCAGAUAAAACAGGACCUCAACCGCUCGGGCUGGGAGUCCACCGACUUCCCCUCGGUCUGCGAGCAGUGCCUGCCCGAGAACCCCUACGUCAAGAUGCUCAAGGAGGACUACGCCGCCGAGUGCAAACUGUGCACGCGCCCCUUCACCGUGUUCCAGUGGUCCGCCGACCGCGCCCACGGCCGCAAGAAGCGCACCAACAUCUGCCUGACCUGCGCCCGCCUCAAGAACUGCUGCCAGUGCUGCAUGCUGGACCUGUCCUUCGGCCUGCCCAUCGUCGUGCGCGACGCCGCCCUCAAGAUGGUCGCCCCCGGCCCCCAGUCCGAGAUCAACAGGGAGUUCUUUGCCCAGAACAACGAGAAGGCCAUCGAGGAGGGCAGGGCGGGCGUCGAGGAGUACGAGAAGACGGACGAGAAGGCGCGCGAGCUGCUUAGGAGGCUGGCGCAGAGCAAGCCGUACUUCAGGAAGGGGAGGACCGUCGACGAGGAGGGCAACACGACCGGCGAGAGCUCCAGGCCCGCGACGGGCGGGAACCCUGUUGUCGGGGCUGGCCUCGGGGGCGCAGGUCCGAUCCGGUCGCGCGACUCGAGGGCUGCCGGGGCCAUGGGCGCGAGACCUGGCGGGGGCAGGCCCGGCGGGCCUAGGAAAGGCGCAUUCCCCUCCGCCGCGCAGUUACCACCAGGACCCAACGACUGGAAGCCGCCGGCCGACAAGAACAUCAUGUCGUUGUUUGUCACGGGUGUCGAGGACGACCUGCCCGAGCACAAGAUCCGCGACUUCUUCAAGGCGCACGGCAAGAUCAAGUCCCUGGUGUGCUCGCACAUGUCACACUGCGCCUUCAUCAACUACGAGACCCGCGAGGGUGCGGAGAGGGCCGCGGAGGCGUGCCAGGGCAAGGCCGUCAUCGCCGGGUGCCCGCUGCGGGUGCGGUGGAGCCAGCCAAAGGCUGUUGGGAACAUGAACCGUGAGGAGCGGUCCGAGAUGUUGAGGGAUGGACGGUCAGCGUUUCCACAGAGGAGGCCGCAAGGCGGCCAGAAGGCUGUCGAGGGCGGCAGUGUGUCCGGCGGUGCAGGUGCCAGCGGCGGUCAGCAGGGCGAUCUUUCCGACUUGGCUGUCGCCGCACCGCCUGGCGCGUCCGAUGUCAACUAUGCCAGCCUGUCUGGCAACUGA